UCUCAUUUAAAUGUCUGUGUGCAGGCUGCAGCCGGCAGUGCCGGGCCGGCCGUGCCCCGGGGGCGAUGCCCGGGCCGGGCUCGGGCACCGAGCGGGGCUGCACGUGACACCGGCGGUGACACCGGGGCGACACGGGGGUGCCAGGACAGGUCCCGGUGCAUGGACACCCCCGGGCAGGCCCCGAUGGCGGCGCCGCUGCUGCUCUGGGUGGUUCUGCUGCGCUGGGCCAGCGGCGGGGGCUUCACCCGGGCGGGCAGGACCUGGCAGCACUGCACAGUUUAAAUAAUUUUCCUGCUGACCUAUCUCAUGGCUGUUGCUUUAGCUCUACUCACAGUUCUGCCGCUACCUAAAGCCUGCCUUUUGCAGCUUUCCCAAAACCCUCUAAUUUUAUAAAUCCCCACACAUCCCCGCUGGGGAUAACGCCCUGGGCUGUCUCUCGGCACAGACCUGCGCCCGCUGGACGUGCUGUCGGAGGCGGUGCCGCCCGGGGCGCUGGCCCGGGGCAUGCGGGUGCUGCAGGUGCAGGGGCUGCGGGGAUUGCAGCUCUCGGCGUCGCGGCCCCGCGCCCUGGCCUUCCCCGCCUCGCGGCUCUUCAUCCACUGCGACCGCUUCCCCGAGGAGUUCUCCAUCAUCGUCACCCUUCGGGCGCUGCGCCGCCCCGCCAAGAGGAACGAGUACAUCUUCACGCUGAUGGUGGAGGAGAGCCCCGGCGUGCUGGUGGGGAUGCGCUACGCCCCCGACAAGCUGCACUUCAUGUUCUGGAGCCAGGAGCGCGCCGGAGGAUGGCAGAGCCGCGUCACCUUCCCCAACGUGUCCCUCUCCGACAGCCGCUGGCACACGCUCGUCCUGGCCGUGUCCGGACAGUCCUUCUCCUUGACGGUGGAUUGCAGCGUGCCCAAGGAUGUGGUGGUGGAGACCCCAUUUCCAGCCUCGCUGUCGGUGAGGAGAGCCAGCUUCUACCUGGGCAACAGGAGGAGGAGGAAAGGCGUGUUCACGGGCUUGCUGAGGCAGCUUGUGCUGCUGCCAGGAGCUGAUGCCACCCCCCGGAUGUGCCACGGCCUGAACUUCAAAGUGGCAACGCUCUCUGUGCCCAGUGUCCUCCAGGAUGUCCCUGCAAAGGCAGUGAGCAACGAGGUGCUCAAAUACCCCUACGAGACUGACAUGAAGGUGACCCUGGGGGCCCGGCCCCGCUGCUCCAAGCAGGAGAAGGCUCAGUUCUGGUUCAACGCCUCCCGGCGUGGGCUCUACCUGUGCAACGGCAGCACCUGGCUCUCCAUGCUGGAAGUCCAACCCAGGCUGGACUACGUGGAGGAGCACCAAAAGCUGGUGACCAACUCGGAGACCAUGGGCGUUGAGGUGUUCAGCAUCCCCAGGCUGGGGCUGUUUGCAGCCACAGCCAACAGGCUGACACCCCCGGGAUCAGCCAUCUACAGGUGGACUGACGGCAAGUUUGUGCACUACCAGAACAUCCCCACACACCAGGCACAGUCCUGGAAGUAUUUCACCAUUGGGAAGAAGAUCUUCCUGGCAGUGGCCAAUUUUGAGCAGAACGAGAGGGGCCAGGAGUUCUCGGUGAUUUUCAAGUGGAGCCGCAGGAAGGCGAAGUUCCUGGCGUACCAGAGGAUCAGCACGCACAGCGCCCGCGACUGGGAGGCCUUUGUCAUCCAGGGAGAGGCUUUCCUGGCUGUGGUCAACCACAGGGAAGGGAACAACCACAACAUAGACAGUGUGAUAUACAGGUGGAACCCCAGGACAGGGCUGUUUGAAACCAACCAGACCAUUCCUACCUCUGGAGCCUACGACUGGGAGUUCUUCACCAUUGGGCCAUAUUCCUUCCUGGCUGUGGCCAACACAUUCAAUGGCACCUCCACCAGGAUCUACUCACACAUCUACAUCUGGCUCAGGGGCUCCUUCCAGCUCUUCCAGUCCAUCCUGACGUUUGGUGCAGCUGACUGGGAGGUUUUCCACAUUGGGGACAGAGUGUUCCUGGCUGUGGCCAACAGCCACAGCUAUGACAGCGGGAUGCCAGCACCCUCCAACUUCUAUGCCAUCAACUCCUCCAUCUAUGAGCUGAACGUCACGGCCCAGAUGUUUGUUAAAUUCCAGGACCUUCUCACCUACAGUGCCCUGGACUGGGAGUUCUUCUCAGUGGGAGACGACUCUUUCCUGGUGGUGGCCAACUCCUUCGAUGGCUUCACCUUCUCUGUCAACAGCAUCAUCUACAGGUGGCAAGGCUACGAAGGCUUCGUGGCAGCGCACCAGCUGCCCACGGUGGGCUGCAGGGACUGGGAGGCGUUCCACACCGCCGAGGGCUCCUUCCUGCUCUACUCCAGCGCCAGGGAGCCGCUCUCCAAGGUGCUCAGGCUGAAAACCACCUGAGGCAGCCGAGACACGCCCAGCCCAUCGGGGGAGAGGGACACAGAGCCCGGGAAUGGCUGCAGCAUCAGAGCAUCAGCCGGGCAGGGGCUGCUGCAGGAAGGGAGGAAGAGGAGGAGGAGGGGAGAGCUCCAGGCUCCCUGCAGCCUUGUCCAGGGGCUGUUUCUCCUGGGAAAGCUCUGCCACCACCAUGUCCUAGCCAAGGCUGUGGAGCCUGGGUGCAUCCCUGGCUUAGCAGGACCGUGGUUCCAGGCAAUUUCCUGUGCCCAGGAGGGAUCCAGAGCCUGCACAAAGGCAGGGAAGGAAGAGGCAGAGCAGGGCAGGAGCUGCUGGGUUGGGUGCAUAGCACAGGGGAGUAAACACGUGAGAAAUUGUGGGGGAAAGCGUGUCCAGGCUUGGCUCUGCCUGCCUGGGCUGUGAUGUUCCUGAGGACAGCUGGUUUGGCAUUGCAGCCAUUCUCAUGCCACCUUCGUGCCACUGCCACAGUGCUGCCCAUCUCCCUCUCUGGGUUGGUUCUCCUUCAACAAGUUCAGAGCUGUUGGUGUGCUCCAGGGCCAGCACUGCUCCAUGCCUGGGGUUAGGGACCCCUGAGCAAACCUGCUUUGUAUUUGGACCCACCCAGCUGCCACGGGAGUGGGGAAAACCCAAACCUGCUCCAGGUGCAAUUGUGGCCUCUUUUCUUUUCCUCACCUUUGCUGGAGGGGGGACUCUUUUGCUUAACCAGAGCUGUAAUAAAGUGUGUGCACCCAGCCUUUCUCCCACAUUCUGCUCUGCAUCCCUUCACCCAGCAAAUCACCCCUGAAUGUCCAUGGCCAGCCCAGUGAGGAUGGGGUGGCCCUGAGCUCAGGAGUGUGCUGGGCUGGGGGUGCCCCUCUGUUCCACCCACUGGGUAUCCCAGAGCCCCUCUCAGCCUUCCCAGAGCCAGGGUUCCUGAUCAGCUGGAACACCCAUCCUGGCACUGGGAGCACUCAGGAGGUGCCAGCCCCAUCAAGAAGAGCUGGGGAGGGGUCACAGCCUGAGCUUUUGCAGGGUCCAGACCUGCAGGGGAACCUCUGCAUCCCUCCCUCGCCUCCCUGUUCACUGAACACUCCCUGCUCAGUGCAGCUGGCUCUGCCAGGAAGGACCAUUUCUCCUCUGUGAGAAAAGGGAGAAUUCUCUGCCAGGAAGAACCAUUUCUCCCCUCUCAGAAAAGGGAGAAUUUGAUUUGCUUCCAUCACUGAGCUCUGAGCAACAACUCUAAUUCAGCCUGAGAAGGGCAAGAUAAGGCAAGAUCAGAUGUAUUUGGGCAGCUGGUCCUUGCUUGGGACUCAGCUGAGGGUGGGAGGGGAUAGCGCCUAAUGGGAGUUGUGCUGGUACAUUGAAUUUAGGCUGGUCUGCUGUGGGACAGAUUGGAUUAGGAUAAGCCCCCCAAGCACCAUGAGCACCACAAGCACCACCACUGUCCCUGGACACUCAUCUCCCAGCACAGCACAAACCCUGAGGGCUUUUCCUUUAUUGAGGAAACAGAGGCUUUGGAGUUCCCUGGUGCUGAGGGCCCUGGGGAGGCUGUGCUGCCCUUGGCAAGGCUUUUCCUCACUGGAACCAGCAUGGGGUGACCCCUCUGCACCCCUGCAGGGACCUCCUGGCCCCACAACCCCUCUCUCCCAACCACAAGGGUGUGCUGGGGCUGCGUUCCUUGUGAGUGCAGAUGUGGUAGGGAAAAAGGCUCUGCCUGGGGCUGUUUGUCACCAGGGCGUGCCUGUGUGGGGUGUCCUGUGUCAUCUGCUCUGUCCAGCCUUGUUGGGGAGCGGGAUUGGUGGCACUGGUCUGGAGAAAGCACUGGAGAAUCCCACCAGGAAGCUUUGAUACCCAUCAGGUGCUCAUGAGCUCCAGUGAGGAUGCUGGAGACUGGCACCCAGCCCUGCCCUUUUGGGUGGUGCUGGUGCUCCCUGCCAUGGGCUGCCUGUGAAGAAACUGGUGCUGGUGUGUCAGAAUCCAGAAAAUUCCUCUGGCUGCCCUGCAGGACUCAAGACCCUGCCCAGGCGGUUCAGAGACCUUGACACAGAGCCCCAGACCCCUGUGCCUUCGAUUUGGCCCUUGGAAAAAACAAUCACCAACCUUAUAUGAAGAAUUACAAGCCACAAAAGUGUAAAUAGA